AUGAGGACUCUUUGGCUGUUCUUCUUUAGCUUUCUUUACGUCCAGAACACCUAUCAAAGUAUCGACAAAAGAAUCGUCGGUCCAAAAGAGAGGUCGGAGAAUUCAGGGAACGAUGAACUUUCGAAGAAAGAAUUGGAGGACAUGGCAGAGUUUCGAGAGCUACUGAGGCAAACGAUCAAUGCCACCGUGAACCCGACUUCCCAGAUCACCGCCACCAAGCAAGGUCCAUGUCAAUGCGGCGGAGGCGUCUGCGGAUGCUGCUCCAGAAUUCUGUUCGACACCUUGAAACAAAAGGCUUGCGUUAACGUGACGUACGACCCGGACGAGUUCAGCUUCACCGCGAAAUUCGCGAUGAACGACAGAGUUCUGUACACAAGAACAAUUUCUGGAAAGAAUCCACGACCGAUAUGCGUGCCAGUGCCAAGGCUGCCAAUAGUCAGAGCCUGCGUUCGAUUCUACAACAUAUAUUUCCAGGGAAGAAACAUUCACCUGUGCGUGAACAUGGAGGGGAAGUUCCGAGACACCACCUUGUUUAAGGUCGGAUUUGAUUGCAUCAGAUUCGGUUCCAAUGGCCUGGCUUUAGUAAAGCCAGAGGAUGGAGGUGGACUAGGUCAAGUAGAAUUCUUGCCAGGUGAUGACGACGAUGAGAAUCAGGACGAUUACGAUUACGACGACGGCGAUGACGACGACGACGACGAUGACGACGAUUUACUUGAUUUCUGA